AGGUGAAGGACAUGGUGAAUGCAGGGAACCUUCUCUAUAAACUGGGAAAAGUGGAGUUUGAGAAUGUGUACUUUAGCUACACUGACGGGAAGGAGAUCCUUAAGGACGUAUCAUUCACUGUGCAGCCAGGCCAGACUGUUGCAUUGGUUGGCCAGUCAGGGUGUGGUAAGAGCACCAUCCUUCGCCUGCUCUUCCGUUUUUAUGACGUCCAGGGGGGAUGCAUCCGCAUCGAUGGCCAGGACAUCUCUAAGGUGAAGCAGGUGUCUCUGCGUGCCCACAUCGGCGUGGUGCCCCAGGACACGGUCCUCUUCAACGACAACAUCCGCGACAAACAUCCGCUACGGACGAAUCUCUGCCAGCGACCACGAAGUGGAGGGGCGGCUAUCGCCGCAGACAUUCACGAGAAGAUCCAGACGUUCCCAGAAGGAUACGACACCCAGGUGGGCGAGAGGGGUCUGAAGCUGAGCGGGGGGGAGAAGCAGAGGGUGGCUAUCGCCCGGACCAUCCUCAAGGCCCCUCAGAUUAUCCUGCUGGAUGAGGCCACAUCUGCUCUCGACACACAGACGGAGCGCAACAUUCAGGCGUCGCUCACCAAAGUGUGCUCCAAUCGGACCACCAUCGUCGUGGCUCACAGGUUGUCGACCAUCAUCGGUGCCGACCAGAUUCUUGUUCUAAGUGACGGUCAGAUAGCAGAGCGAGGACGGCAUGAUGAGCUGCUGGCUAAGGGAGGGUUGUACUGUGACAUGUGGAUGAAGCAGCAACAUGCCCAGGACUCAGACUCAGCCUCUGACACAGAAGCCAAAGACAGGAAGUCUGAGAAACUACAGCCCCCAUCAGUCACUGCAGGCCACGGGAGCCACUGAGUAUAGAGUGAGAGGUUCAAGGAUAUGUAGACAUUGUGAGGAGAUGGAGGAGGACGAGAGAUGCAGUGAGAGUAUUAGAUACCUCAAAAGGCUGUUUUGUCUGCAUUUUUUCAGGUAUCUGUCCAUCGAGGUUCAUUCGGUCAUGAGUGAAGUUUUAAGCAGAUAUUUAUUGGGUAUUUAAUGUUUGAUCAUUCAAUCAAAAUGUUUGUGCCAUGAAUGCCUCGGGCCAUUUGUUUUUAAGUGUAUUCAGGAUCGUGUUCAUUAGGUUAACAGAAAAUGUUUUAAAAUGUUUUAAAAUCUAAA